AUGGUGAGCGUCCUGUUUUUGACUUGGCUAUUCGCGGGAACAGAGCUGACGUUGCGUCUCACAUGGAGAACACGAUGGCUUCCUCACAACCUUGAGACGGGCUGGGUAGCGCUAGCACCGAUACCGGUUGGGAAACGGUGUCUUGCUGUGACCUAUUCAGGAAAGGAUUACAGGACUCAGUUGUUUUCCCGUUUAAAGGGAGCAAGGUUCCUCAAAUUCCCCUCGCCUUUACCCAUGAACUCGAUUCUCGAUUGCGUAUUGGAUGCAAACUGGGAAGUCAAUGGGAUUAUUCAUGUGCUGGACAUAUUACGGUGGCACGGUAAGGAUUUCACAGACUGUGAAGCUAAUUUUAGAUUCUGGUGGCGGGACUCGAGAAUCUCGGAAAUAACACCAUUGCCACCAUCCCCCUCAAUGGAAUUUGAUUUUGCAUCGAUGGCACAGGCUGAACGGGAGAUACCGUUGACGUUUCAAUAUCCAUAUGUUUUCUUGCCGGUUCCGUAUUACACACCCCCAAUAUCCAUGGAGAUGUUUUUGACCACUGUGAUCCCGGCUGCGAAGAUGACGAGGUCGUUCGAGGUAAAGUUGCCCCCUGCGUUGCCUUCGACAUCUUGGGCUGGAAGGGCUCUGCAAACAGGUAUUGCGACCGACGGUUUAUUAUUGUACGUAUCGGAGGCAUCGUAUCAGUCGGGUGAGACUCCAUUAUCGACUUGGGUGCCCACCAAGCCGUUGGAAGGUGGCCUAUCGAACCCCGUAACACUGGAUCUAUUUGAAGCGUGA